GGAAAAGCCGACUUUACAAGCCAGGGAGAGGAGGCGCGAAGACGAGCAUCUGUGGUUCCCGGGGAACGCUCGGCUCUGAUGUUCCAGCCCCGGCGCUGCGGACUCGGUGCAGCGAGCUCCGCGAUUUUUUUAUUCACUAUUCUUUCCUGGACUAAUGAUAUGUGGAGUUCUGUGUGUAUGUUUGGUCAUUGGCCUUUGGAUAAUCAGACGACAUCUACAGAGAAAGAAAAAGUCAGUCUCAGCCAGCAAUGGAAAGGAUCGAAUGGUGGUUUCAUUUUUCCAUCCAUACUGCAAUGCGGGCGGUGGAGGAGAGAGAGUUCUGUGGUGUGCUUUGAGAGCCCUGCAGAUAAAGUAUCCUGAAGCAGUUUAUGUUGUGUAUACUGGCGACACUGAUGUCAGUGGUCAACAGAUACUAGAAGGUGCUUUCAGAAGAUUUAACAUCAAGUUAGUUCGCCCAGUGCAGUUUGUUUUCUUAAGGAAACGCUACCUUGUGGAGGAUUCUCGAUAUCCUCACUUCACAUUGCUGGGCCAAAGUCUCGGGUCCAUUCUUCUUGGCUGGGAAGCUCUGACCCAGCUUGUCCCUGAUGUCUACAUCGAUUCAAUGGGCUAUGCCUUCACACUGCCUCUGUUCAAGUAUGUGGGAGGUUGCCGCGUCGGAACCUAUGUUCAUUACCCUACCAUCAGCACCGACAUGCUCUCUGUUGUGAAGAAUCAAAACACGGGGUUCAAUAACGCAGCUUUCAUUAGCAGAAACACUCUUCUCAGCAAGGCAAAGCUCAUCUACUACUAUUUAUUUGCUUUCAUUUAUGGCCUUGUUGGUUCUUGCAGUGAUGUAGUCAUGGUGAAUUCCUCAUGGACACUAAACCAUAUCCUCUCCCUGUGGAAAAUUGGGCAUUGCACUAACAUUGUGUAUCCACCUUGUGAUGUGCAGACAUUUCUGGACAUCCCCUUACAAGAAAAUAAGGGGACCUCGGGACAUUUGCUGAUUUCCAUUGGCCAGUUCAGGCCCGAAAAGAAUCAUGCUUUGCAGAUCAAAGCCUUUGCCAAAUUGCUAAAUGAAAAGGCAACUGAGUCACGCCCUUCACUUAAACUUGUCCUUAUUGGAGGGUGUCGCAACAAAGAUGAUGAGUUUAGAGUGAACCAGCUGAGAAGACUGUCUGAGAAUUUGGGAGUUCAAGAAGCUGUGGAAUUUAAAAUAAACAUUUCAUUUGAUGAAUUGAAGAACUACUUGUCUGAAGCAACAAUUGGUCUGCAUACCAUGUGGAAUGAACAUUUUGGGAUUGGAGUUGUCGAGUGUAUGGCUGCUGGCACAAUCAUCCUUGCACACGAUUCAGGAGGCCCAAAGCUUGACAUUGUCAUUCCUCAUGAAGGACAAAUAACUGGAUUCCUGGCUGAAAGUGAAGAAGGCUAUGCUGAAACCAUGGCUCAUAUUCUUUCUCUGUCUGCAGAAAAGAGACUUCAAAUCAGAAGAAAUGCUAGAGCAUCUGUAAGCAGAUUUUCUGACCAGGAGUUUGAAGUAGCAUUCCUGUCUUCUAUGGAGAUGUUACUUACAUAAUGCCAAAUCUGUAACAUUCCGGAUAGGUUACCCAGCAUGAAGCUGGAGGUGGAGAUAGUGGAAGAGCAUGUGCUUGCUGUUUGCAAGGACCCGAGUUCUAUCUCCAGCACCAAAAAGUAAGGGCAAUGCUUCAUUUGGAAUCACUUUCACGUGUAAAUAUUUCCUAAAUUCAUUCUUUAUUUUGAUAAAGGCAAUCUGAGCAAUAUGUACAUAGACAAGAUAGUACUUAACAAAAUGGCUAAACUAUCUCUAUGGAAAAAGUAAUCUCGUAGUUUUUUUUUGUUUUGUUUUGUUUUGUUUUGUUUUCACUUUUUCAAGACAAGGUUUCUCUGUGUAGCCCUGGCUUCUGGCUUUCCUAGAACUCUGUAGACUAGCCUAGCCUUGAACUCAUAGAGAUCCGCCUGCCUCUGCCUCCCGAGUCCUGGGACUAAAGGCGUGCACCACCACCACCCAGCUUCAUGUAGCUUAAUGUACAGAUUUUACAUUAAUAUUUGGUCUCAAAAUCUGAAUAGUAUAGAUCUCAAAGAAAAUUACCAAUCAGUUUUUAUAUACUCAUGUAUCUCUUAAUUUUUUAAUCUUCCCCUUUCUGUAUUUUAAUCCUUGAGUGCCCCUGCCUCCACCUUCCAGAAUGCUACGAUUGUAGGAUUGCACCAACAAGUUCAGUGUGUGCGGUGCUGGGGAUGGAGCCCAAGGCCUCACACAGCCUGGACAAGCGCUCUACCAACUGAGCCAUAUCCUGAGCCCCAAAUCCUCAUUUCAAAUCACUUUAGUUUAGAAAGCAUAGAAGAAAGCUUCCUGGGUUUUUAUUUGUCUUAUGAUCCUGGAGAUACAAUGUAGAGCCUCAGAGAUUAAGCAAGAGCAGGGACAUUUGAAUUCCGAGUACCACAGAAUACACAGAACCAACCUCACCCAAAGACUGAAAGGGAAGUGCUGAAAGAAACAGGUAGCAGGUAGUCAGCUGGCCCUUUAAAAUGUAUUCUUACGUUUUUGGGUUAAAUUCUGUUGGAGAGGUAGGUUUAAGGUUAGAGAUUGAAUCUUGAGCCAUGCUCAUGGUACAUGAGUGUUCUAACCAUUAAGCUACUUCACCCCAACCCCAGGAACCCUGGGAAACAACAGCAUGAUAACCCUUUUAGAUAUAGCUAAUAAUUUUCUUAAAAGGGAACAGAAGCUUCAAACAGGCGUCUCUACUCCUAUACCCAAGGCAUCCGUCAAGAGAUGAGAUGGACUGAUUUCUUCGUGGGUGUGUUCAGAUAUGUUGAAAUCAAAACACAAGCAACAGUCUUUCUAAUAAGUUGGUUUGUGUGGAAAUUGGAUUUUAUUUAGUGCCCACCACAGUUCAUUUGUAUGGGUUUCUUAUCCCUUACCAACCUCACUGAAGGCUGAAAGGCAGCCUCCAUUCGUUGGAAAGAAUAUCAAGCUAAGUUGCUUUUCUGAAACAGACCGUGUCGCAUCAUACCGCCCACACAGUGUGAAGGAUCAAGAGGUGGAAUUCGGGGGGGAAAUGCCGGGGUGGUUAGCAUCCUGGGCCGAACCUCACCUGACAGUUACAAAUAUCUGACCUGCUAACACUAAAACUGUGCCUUAACUCUUUUGAUUCUCGGGUGUUUCGUCUGAAGUCAGUCUGUUCAUGCCUUGGAAUUGUAAAUGUAAAUAUAAACAUUGCUUUAGGUAGAAGUAACAACCAAGAUACAAUGAUCUGGUAGGGAAAUGGGAAAAGUUAUGUGUGGGGUGGGGAGACUUUUAGGGAAGGAAGUAAAUAAAGGAGGGAGUUGGUAAAAUAAAAAUAAUACCUGAAAAGCCACAGAAAUUAUUGUAUUAACUGUUUACAAAAAAAUCAACAAUAACAAAAAUAAUACAUGUAAAUCUGUGUAUAAAUGUACAUGUGUAGUUUUAAUGAACUUUUCUCAUCUGGGCUGACAAUACUCCUAUGAGCUAUAGAUGAAAAUCCUAACAUCGGACAUGAGAGGCCUCUUUUGAGUUGUUGGCUGUGGCUGUCCAAGUGACCCCUAAACCAUACAACCCUUUUGCCCUUGGCUACCCCUAGAAGUGGAAAGUAAGUCCCAGUUGGUGAAGACACCAUGUACUUUAGAAAUAGGCCAAAAGACCCCGGAGCUAGAACUGACCCAGAAAUCAUGCACACACACACACACAGACUUGUUGCUCCCUUAGGACUAACUUUCACACAAUGAGAAGGUGCCACACAAACUUCCAAAGGAGGGCCCAACCAACAGUCCUACGCUAUGCUUCCUACGAGCCACACCAACAACCAGUAUGGCAAGAUAACCGUAAAGUAGUGGCAUGUCCACUUGACAGUAGACAACAGCUUUUUUUCCUAUUAAUAUUUAUUUAUUUUACAUAUUGAGCGCUCUAUCUGCAUAUACACCUGCAUGCCAGAAGAGGGCAUCAGAGCCCAGUAUGGGAAUUGAACUUAGGACCUCUGGAAGAGCAGGCAGUACUCUUAACCACUGAGCCAUCUCUCCAACCAGCACCACCACCCCAUUUUUUCCAACAGCUCAUAAAUUGGGCUUAAGAGCCACUCAACUAGAAGGAGAGCAUGGUACUGGAAACCUAGCUAAGUACUCAGUGCUAGUGAAUGGCCACUAUUUUACUAAAGCAGCAUAACUCCUAACAACAACCUGUAAACCUUUGUCUAGACCCUUACUAAAGUAUACAGCUCAAGUGUGGCUACAAACUAAUGCUAACUUACUCGUUUUCCAAGGACUCUUUCCUAGACCUCUGGAGAUCUUACUGUGAGUGAGGCAGGUACGGUCUCUAACACAAUAUAAAGGUCAGAAUGUAUUCCUCUGUUGGCUGUUUACCAAGUAAUUUAACACUCUAGAAAUAAUUUCCAAAAGUUUGUUUUGAUUUUGUUUUUUUUUUUUUUUUACAAAACUAACAACCAGUAGUAAAGGUUUUCUGUACUCUCACAUCAUAGAUGUGUUUACAACUAAGUAGUUUCUUGGUUUCUUAGCUAGUAGCUGGGAAUCAGUAUAAAUUUUACUCAGCCUCUGUUCUGAAAGUGUGGGGGCUGAGGAUGUAACUCUGUAGCUGGCUGUAAUAGGUGUGAGGCACAGUGGAGCAACAAGUGAUUUUGUGUGUACACAGAGGACUGGAAAGAUAGUAUUUGCCAUUCUCUACAGACAUAGUUCCUUUUAAUUAAUUGAAUUAUCCAUACAGUUUGUCUGACAUUUGUGUUAGGGCACAUUACUCCUUGCUGUCUCCUCUAGCUCAUUGCUUGGUUUUGAUUUUGGUUGUUUUGUUUUGAUUCCCAGUUACACUGGGUUGUUGAUUGACUACACUAGGAAAGCAGCAACACAUAAUCCCUGGUGUGAUACACCAACAGAGCUUGUGUUGGAGACAAUUCAGUUUGCAAACGUUGCGGAGGCUGAAGAUGGAUGGAACCUUACACGUUCUCUAUUUUAUUUUCAACUUUACAGACCAAAAAAAAAAUUUUUUUUUUUUUAAAAAAACUAUAUAGAUUUCUUCAUUGUUACAAAGCUAUUUAAUGACAGAAUCAGGAUUAUGGCCUGGUGUUCUGACUGACAGCCCACUCUGUUAUUUUAUGGCCAGUCUUUGAGGUAAGAUUUGGCUAUAGCCCAUACGGCCUACCAAUCCACAAUAUAAAAGGACUAAAGAUUAUAGAAAUGGAAAUGAACAACAUAAAUAGAGGAUAUGGUAAAGAAACAAUUCUCAAUUUCUUAAAAACACUUUUACACUAGCUUUUUGAAAUUAUUUUUAUGAAUCAAAAUCAUAAAAUAUUAUUUAUAUGUAUAUUCUUUUCCAGUGUUCCUAACAAAGUAUUACAGAUGUUUAUUUUUCUUUUACUAGAUUUCAGGUAUUAUGCACAAUGUCAAGGCUUACUGUUUCCAGGAAACUUCAGGAAAAUUCUGGGUGGCUGCUGAGUCCUCUACAAUUGUGAUUUUUUUUCCCCCAGUGGUCCAAGCAUUGUGUUUUGAGCCCACAGCAGUGGGAAUUCACAUUCCUAUUUUCAGUGACACUGCAGCUGUGAAGUGUAUGUUACAUAGUCUUUAUAUGAUAUUUUUAUAUCUAAUUGUGAUGUAGAGCUACUGAUACAAAAUCCACUGUAUCUAAAUCUGACCAGUGAGUUCUUUAGUUCAAUUAAAAUAUUCACAUUAUUUUUCCACUUUUCUCCCCUCCUGCCCUCCUACCUCUGGAAUUUAUGGUCUCUUUUGCUUUAAUAAUUAUUGCUAAAUCUGUAUGCAAAUAAAUAUAUAAAUGCACCCUG